AUGCAAGAUUCCAAGUUGCCUCUCUUACUGAUCCAUGAAGUAGGUGGCACCCGGGGAGUCUUAGAAGCGCACGUGCCGUUUCUGAAGAAACACUUUCAACUUAUCACCAUGAAGGAAUUCCUCGAAAGCAAAGAAUACUAUUGUGCUCAAGUCCAAGCUAUUUACUCGUGGUGGCAUAAGCCAGUCAUCGACAGGGAGCUGUUGAAAAGUCUGCCUAACUUAAAAGUGAUUUCAAGUGCAGGAGUGGGUACCGAUCACCUGGAUUUGAAGCUGAUCUCUGGGUUUGGAGUGAGAAUCGCCAACACUCCUCAUGCUGUCCACAGCACUACAGCAGACAUUGGCAUGGCCCUGCUGCUGGCAGCUGCCCGAAGACUUGUAGAAGGUAACACUGACAAUACUGUACACAUUUCUUUACAGUUACCCUUGUCUCAUUUUCCCGAGCAGUGAGAGGUUCCAGGGCGGAGCACUUAUCCAGAUUUGAUUCCCUUUGGAAGGAGGUAAAUUGAGGCUGGUGUCAGGGAUGAGGAGUCAGAUUAUUAUUCAGGUGAUGGAGUGGAAGACUCCAAAACAGAGGACAUGUAUGGCCAGACCCAGAAGUGCUGCUACCCAGUGAGCUUAUGGAGUCAACAUAAGCCUGGCCUGAGGAAGUGGCCCUGUCAUCCUCUGACUUGGAAGACUCCACGGAAAGUGACGUGCAACCAGAGUCUCCCACGUUCUGUUGCAGGAAGAGAUUAAUGCUGAGAGCUAGGCCCCUUUAAGCAAAGCAGCACCUUCCAGUAUGGGUGAGGCUCACAAUGGGGAGGUAUCAACGCCGCUGAUAUACAGGAGAGAAGCUCGCUUUGUUCUUUGCUGAAACAACAUACAGUAGGAGCUUUCUGUUCAUAGAGCCUCUGCCUUCAACCUGAACCCUUUUCUACCUAAUAUUGCAUCAGGUUGCCCUGUAUCCUGCCUGAACCUCACCCUGCAGUUUGCAGACAUUUUUGUAAUGCUGAGUUGGUCUGCUAACAGGCCUAGUGCCUGAAGCCAGCUCCCGGUAGAGCAAUUACUUGCAUAUUUAUACCCUGUUUGUGAAUAUGAAAUUUUGUAUGCAAUAUGACUUUUGUUGCGAUCUAAACAAAUAAUUUAACACUGAUAUAUAAUGAAAAAUCACCUAUUACAGCCUCAGCUGAAUAACUCAGAUUUCUUACAAAAAUCACUCCCCCCCCCCCGAAUUCUGUUUUUAAUGAACACCUCUUCUCCACCCACCACCCCUUAUUUUGUCAUUUUGCAGGUUGCCAGAUUGCUGUUUCCCCUGACACAGGCUAUUUCUCUAAUAACUGGUUAGGAGAGGAAGUCACUGGGGCAACUCUGGGUAUCAUUGGAAUGGGAAGCAUUGGGUAUAAAAUUGCUCAGAGAGCCAGAGCUUUUGAGAUGAAAAUUCUUUAUCAUAACAGGAACAGAAGGUAAAAAUACACAGUUUGAUACCAUACAAAAUAGAGUGUAUCUUCACCUCUAAAGCUGUUUUAUCCGCCAAAUCUUUGUGCAUGGGUGUAGAGAAAGAUCAGCUGGUCUUCAGAAGUGAACAAACACAGCUGUACUUUUCAACUCAUAUUUCUGCUUAAUGUGAUGAAGAGAGGCUAGCCUAUCGUGCUUAGAAAAGGCGAGCCAUCCGGUGAGAAAAAGAUAAGGAUAAAUAAGGGCCAUUUCACACAAACAAAUUUCAGUUCUUAGUAAAUGAGGAAACUGGCUAAGUAGCUUGUUCCAGCAUUCACCCAAAUCCUAUGAAAAUAUGUGAAAUCUUUCUGCCAGUCUUCCAACCCUCCCACUUUUUUCUUUUUUCAACUCUCCCACUUUUUUCAAGAGAGCCAUGAUUUAAGGUUGAUAUUCAUCCUGAGUGAUGUCUGAAUUUGGCUUUUGCUGUGUUCCGUUUCACCCUCACUCUGGUUUUCUAAGCUGUUGCUUUGCUAGGGAGGAAACUAGAUAUUACAAAAACCACAAGGACUGCUGAAAAGAGCCAGGGGCAAAGCUCUCUUCUUCCCUUCAGUAACACAUUGUGGAACUUAGCUGUAGUUCUCCUGUACUUCAAAUCAGGAUAUUAAAAGAACUUAACCUCAUCAUGAUGGAGGGAGGGAGAAGCUCUACUACAUGCGGUUGCCAUUUUUGGUGUGUGUUUUCAUAAUGUCAGUUUGCUAGGAAAAAGUACACAGCUCAACUCAUUUUUAAGCUAAUUUAGAUGGUUUUAUUAAAUCUCAGUGGCUUGAUUGUAAUAUUUAGGUUUUUCAGCUUUGAAAAAAGUAUUUAAACCUUCUUAAUUUCUUUGCUAGAAAGAUAAAUAUCAAUAUACAGGGGAGAUUGGAACAUUAUUUGUGAAUUCCACCCCCCAAGAACCAGCACUUGUUAAACAGAUCAUCCUUGUUGUUGUUUUCUGUCAGGAAAGAAGAUGAAGAACAGGCUGUGGGUGCCUGCUAUUGUGGGGCAAUAGAAGACUUGCUCCAGCAGUCAGAUUUUGUGAUGCUGGUUGUAAAUCUGACACCUCGGACGUACAAACUGAUUGGGAAAAAAGAGUUGCAGCUGAUGAAACCCACAGCUAGUCUUAUAAAUAUCUCUAGAGGUAGGUCAUAAAGAGCUGCUUGAAGAAAAAUAUUGAGUGUUAGGACUUCAAAGCACAGCACUGUCUGAAAGUCGCUUUGCAAAAAGGCUUUCAAACAGCCCAGUGUUCCCCUUUUGAGCAGUUGCUUUCUGAAGAAGCCCUGCAUUCUUUAUCACAACAUGUGAAUCUGUGCUCAGCUUAACAUCGUAGUUUGUUUUGAGAGAAACAAACUACGAGUGUUGGCUCACAAAGGCUCAUGGUUUGUUGCUCCCAGCUUGAUGAAUGGAGGUGUGUAAUGAGAUCAGUUCAGCAGCAUGUACAGUACGUAUGUUCUCCUUAACUCGGAAGGUGGUGGUAUCUCCUUGAUUGGAGCUUUUAUAGCAGAGGCUGGAUGGCCGUCUGUCAUGGAUGCUUUAGUUGGGAUUCCUGCAUUGAAGAGAAUUAGACUAGAGGAUCCUCGGGUGCCUUCCAACUCUAUGAUUCGAUGAAACCAUGCAAUGCACUGUUACCCAGCGGUUAUCAUAAGAACAUGAUUUCCACACAGGGCAAGUUGUAGACCAAGAUAUGCUUGUGGAAGCUCUUCAGACUGGUGUUAUUAAAAGUGCUGCUAUGGAUGUCACUUAUCCUGAACCACUGCCCAGGUAAAUAACUAUGUAUUUAUCUAUUUUAAAAAAUGAAUGACUAUACUGUAAGCACAUUGUAAAGACUGCUGGAAAGCAUAGGAGUAACCAGUGCUAAAGUUCAGACUGACAUCUCUGCCUUCUUCCACUGUAUACCCUGGGAAGUAGUAGGAGACCCUAUAUAGUACACAACAUGCUUCCUUUCCAAAUUGAAGCCAUGAGAAAAUGGAAGGACAGUGUGAGCAGGUGCUAAGUAAAUGUUUGAGUUAGUGCUGAAAGCUUUCAACUGCAGCUGGGAUUCCUAACUGCAUCUUAAAAAAUCCCUUGCCGCCCACCAAGGCCCCUGUCCCUCCCAAUUUGUUUAAAAAGUGUCUUUGGCUUUUUUGUUACUGUUCGUUUGGGAGGAUUACUUGCUUUUUUGUGGAGGGGAGUAUGGUCUGCUUUUAAUCUUUGUUUUAUUUGGGGAUGGGGUGGAGCCUAUUUUUGGAGGUGCAGUUCUGAGCAUGGUCAGUUUUUUGUCUAUAAAAUGGGAAUUUUAUGCUGUUCCCGGGAGUUUGUAGAUUUCCUUAUGUUCCUCCAGACCAAAAAUAGUUGGGGACCCUGCAGUUCAAAUGGCAGUCCUAUAAUUGUAGUGAUUAUCCCUGCACCACAGUUAUACAAGCAUUAUGCCAGUGCAUUAUAGUUGAGAUCCCAUGCACCUUUUAUCACGCAGAUAAGACAGGAAAGGAGGAGCGUUAUUCCAUUCAUAACAAACAGCCAACCCUAUUUCUCAGUGCAACAUACAUUGCUCACCUACACCCACUUCCUCCCAAAGACAUGGGCUUAUGGUCAGUUGUCUGACCGCAUAGAUAGCUGACAGAAUACUCCACACAUGAACGUAUGGCAUCAUUGUGAUUGGAGCAUUUUGUGAAAAAGUGGGCCAUAUAGUCCAAGAAGAGGAGGCACUUCAGCCAUGAGUUCUUAAUGUACAAGGAGUUAUCCAGAAGUUUAGUGAGAAUGAGCAACGCAAUGGGAGACAGAGGGUGGGGUUUUGAGUCGUCCGGGGCUCCCCACUGACUCCAAUGUGAGUGUUUUCAUUUUGCAUUACCUGUUCUGCAGUUAUGAUGGUGUGCUGGUGCCAUGGACGCUACCAGCACCUGAGUUUCUCUCUCCUUCUACCUAACGCCCAAACUUCCUCAGUUCAUGUUGGUGAAUCAGUUAAACAUGCAUUAAGCAGCACCAACGCAACAGUGAUCCAACACCAAUGUAAUCUACAACACUUGCAUGUUUUUGAGCUUCUAACAUGCAGGUGGGCUCAGGGGUGACCCAGUCUCUAACUGCGAGUGUAAGUCGUGGGUAGGAUUGCUCUGUUAAUCUUCUACUUUAAAAAUAUAAGUUACAUAGAUCUAUAGUGAUUUAUUUAUAUAUAACUACACAUUAACUAUUAUACUCUACUAAAGCACCUGUAUAAUCAGAGGGAGUAAAUAUUAACCACAGGGGCUGAAACUGAAGGGUACACUUGCCUAUUUUCAAGUCAUUUGACUUUGGUACAUUGCUAGAAUAUGGAUGCUUGCCAAGUGAGAUAACUAAAAUCCUUCAGAUGGUGGAUAGCUCUAAGUACUUUUCCUUCAUUUGUUUGAAUGAAAGCCACUUCCUAUAUUCAUAACCUGUCUUUUUUAUCUUCUUCUUUUCAGAGAUCAUCCGUUACUAAAAUUAAAAAAUGUUAUCAUAACACCACAUGUUGGUAUUAAAACACACAAAACUACUUUUAUGAUAACAGAGGAUGCAGUAAGCAAUGUAUUGGCAGCUCUUAAUGGUCUCCCAAUGCCCAGUGAAGUGUUUCCUGACUAAACUUGUGGGCUGUCAUCUAACAUAGCAACAUGGAACUAUUCUACAUUUUUCUCUAGUGCAAGAAACAUAUUGACAGAUGUAUAAAUUCAACCUGAAUCUCAUGCCUCAUGCAGCAGUGUUUGUUCUGGACUGAAGACACAAAACAAGCCAACAGGAGAUUUCAUAUUUUGUUAACUCCUCAUCAUAGUUAUAGCAGAUAAUGUCCUUUGUUACCAUUCCACACAAUUAAAUUUCAAACA